AAAGAGGAAUUACUCCGUAGAUUUUUAUUGGAAUGGUUUCCGAGCUUUAGGAAGGAGUGUCCCGUUUUAGAAAAACCCUAAUCAGCUUCAGCGCAGCGCUCAAUCUUCUCCUUCGCUCACUCGUUGCGAGGCAGCAGCACUCUCAUCAAUCUGGCAACCAGUUUGCGGCGCUCUGAAUCAAUCGCUCACAGUAAUUUCGCUGGUUGCGACUCUCUGAAUCAUAAAAUAUUCUUCGUCUUCAGCAGCUUUGUCUCUCUACCAAAGCGCCCACCCCAAAAUGAGCUCGCCGGCUGAAAUGGAGGUACCUUCUGGGGACAUUGCCUCGCCCCAGUGCCCAAAACAUGAUGCUUAUCUCCAAACAGUAAUUCCGAAGAGAAUCCAACUUUUUGAGUCCAUCAAAUCGCAGCAGCAAAUGAAGCGCCUUUCUCUUUCCCCUGAUCCUAUCAAGGUUGAGUUACCUGAUGGGACGGUAAAAGAGGGAAAGAAGUGGAAUACAACACCAUUGGAUAUUGCAAAGGGAAUAUCAAAUAGUUUGGCUUCAAAUGCUAUAAUUUCGAAGGUCAACGAGGUGCUGUGGGAUAUGUCAAGGCCGCUGGAGGGUGACUGUAAGCUUGAGCUAUUCACAUUCAAUACUGAGGUGGGACGGGAUGUUUUUUGGCACUCAAGUGCUCACAUUCUUGGCCAGUCUUUAGAGAUGACGUAUGGUUGCAAGUUAUGCAUUGGUCCAUGCACAACAAGAGGGGAGGGUUUCUAUUAUGAUGCAUUCUAUGGUGAUGUGGGUGAUGUUGGGUUGAACGUGGAUCACUUUAAACAAAUUGAAGCAGGCACAGCAAAAGCAGUCUCUGAGAAACAACCAUUUGAGCGCAUUGAAGCUUCCAAGGAGCAAGUCCUUGAAAUGUUUUCUGACAAUAAAUUUAAGGUUGAAAUCAUAAAUGCUUUACCUGAAGAAGAGACUAUCACAGUGUACAGAUGUGGACCCUUGGUGGAUUUGUGUCGUGGGCCUCACAUUCCAAACACAUCUUUUGUUAAAGCCUUUGCAUGCACAAAUGCUUCUUCAGCAUACUGGAGGGGAGAUCAUGACCGAGAAAGCUUGCAAAGGGUUUAUGGCAUAUCUUACCCUGACCGAAAAAGCUUGAAGGAAUACUUUGCAAUGAUAGAAGAAGCAAAGAAAUAUGAUCACAAGGAACUGGCUAAGAAGCAGGAGCUAUUCUUCUUUCACCCUUCAAGCCCUGGAAGUUCCUUCUUCCUUCCUUAUGGUGCUAGAGUGUACAACAAACUCUUGGAGUUCAUACGCAGUGAGUACUGGAAGCGAGGUUAUGAAGAGGUAUGGACCCCCAAUAUCUACAAUAUGCAGCUUUGGGAAACUUCUGGCCAUGCUGCAAAGUAUAAGGAGAAUAUGUUUGUAUUUGAGGUUGACAAACAAGAAUUUGGCCUCAAGCCGAUGAAUUGCCCUGGCCAUUGCUUAAUCUUUGAUAAUAGACCCCGCUCCUACAGAGAACUCCCACUUAGACUGGCAGACUUUGGGGUUCUGCAUAGAAAUGAGGCCAGUGGUGCUCUUACUGGAUUAAAACGUCUUAGAAGAUUUCAGCAGGAUGAUGCUCACAUCUUCUGCAUGAAGUCUCAGAUCAAAGAUGAAAUCAAAGGUGUACUAGAGUUCAUCAAUUAUGUCUAUCAGAUAUUCGGUUUCACCUAUACGUUGAAGUUAUCUACAAGACCAGUAAAUUUUAUUGGAAAAGAAGAAACUUGGGAUGAUGCUCAAGCUGCUCUUACUGAUGCACUUGAUGAAUUUGGGAAACCAUGGGAGAGGAAUGAGGGCGACGGUGCCUUUUAUGGGCCAAAAAUUGAUAUAAGUGUUUCUGAUGCAAUGAAAAGGAGCUUCCAAUGUGCAACAGUGCAGCUGGACUUUCAACUCCCUGAGCGCUUCAACUUAUAUUAUACUUUAGACGAAGAGGGUAAAAGGGAAAGACCAGUUAUGAUACACAGAGCUAUCCUUGGUUCUGUGGAACGCAUGUUCUCCGUACUUUUGGAGCACUACAAGGGAAAGUUUCCCUUUUGGCUAAGUCCACGCCAGGCUAUGGUUUGCCCCGUAAAUGAAAAAUUCCAGUCAUAUGCCCUUAAGCUGCGAGAUCGGAUUCAUGACGCUGGUUAUCAUGUUGAUGUUGAUACAUCCAACAGAACAAUUCAGAAAAAAGUACGUGAAGCCCAGGUUGCUCAGUACAACUACAUAUUAGUGGUUGGUCAACAUGAAGAGACCACAGGAGAGGUGAGCGUCCGAUUACGAGACAAAUCUGAUCUCCAAGUUAUGAAAGUUGAAGAGCUUCUUUCCCAUUUCAAAGAUGUGGUGGAAUCAUACAAGUAAAAAUGCAUGGGGAUGAGGAUGAUGAUGAGAGACCAAAACUGUUUUGUGUUUGGUCGUCAUUUAAUUGUUUUGUUCUUGUAGUAGAUGAUUUUGUUGGGUUUUGGUUUUUAUUCAUGCAGCCAAUGCAUAAAUUUUGAAUGCAUUUAAGUAGUAAACCAUAAUUAUUUUACAUGGGCUAAUAAUUUUUUUUAUUCAUCGGCUAGAGAGUCUCUUAAAGGAGGUAACUUGAGUUAGGGAAAGGGUUAUAUGGCUUAUUUUCAUGGGGCAGUUCAUGUGACAUUGUACUGUAAUGUCAUGAGAUAACGUGUAGGCGGUUCAUGU